ACCACGGGACUUGAAUGAAGCGGCUUUCGUCUGUUCAAUUUAAAAGUCUGCUCGCGAGCUCGGCUGGACACAAUGACUUUGUCGACAUUUGCCGCCAGCCCUCGUCCUUCCCCUCGUAGCUCCAAACCGGCAAACUUUGACUACGCAUCGCUCCACUCAGCACGGUUCGCGCUCACUCGCAUCUCACACACACAAAGGCACACACACACGCCGCGCACAAACACAGGGUGAUAGCAGCUGCCACUGCGGCCAGUCAUACGGUUCAACCAUGGCGGCAGGCAUCACCUACGACGGUGUUGCCAGCGCCGAGGGCGGAACCAUCUUCAAAGGCGUUUCAUUUUGGGUCGCUCGACGCGUGCCCAUGAGAGAGUCCAUCGUGCUCAAGAUCAAGGCAAGACGCCCGCCCCGCUUCUCCAAGGAAACACGGCCCGUGUGCAGACGACUGACCCAACCUCUCCAGAACAACGGUGGCGCGGUGGUGCCCUUGGAGAAGGAUGCGGAUAUCCUCAUUGCGGAUCACGCACGCAAAGACGCCCCCGCGGGAUCCUACUCGUGGAGGUUUGUCACGGAGUCGGUGGACAACGGCAUCAUACAGAUCAAAGACCGCUAUCGCAUCGGUCCGGACCCAGAUCUCCCAAGGAUGGUUGGCUCGGCGAAUCGCCCUGGCAAAGCGACGAGAACCCCCUUCAACCACGCCGAGGACGUCGCCCUCGUCAAAUGGGUGCUUCGCCACGGUGAGCACCUCGCGGGUAACAAGAUUUAUCAAGAGUUUGAGCGGACCAAUCCGCGACACACGUGGCAGUCCUGGAGAGAUCGGUUCACCAAGAUGCUUCAACCCAGAGGGCAGGCCCACCUUGAACAACUGGCGCGCGAGGCCUCUCCCGAACCCAUUUCGCCGCCUCAAGAGGUCAAGAGAAAGCCAGGCAAAGCACCCGACGAGGCUCAGGUCUCUACAGACCAAGUGGCGUCGAGAGAGACCCCAUCAAGCCCCGUCCAGAGCAAACGGAAACAGACGGAUGGCCAAAGGCACAAUUCCGGGUCGUCUGUUGCCGCCGGUGCUUCGGAAACGAGCCGCGAGCCCUCAAACUCACCCGAUACUACACCUGCCAAGUCUGCUAUUGCACAAGAUCCAGAGGAGCCGGCCCAGGAGCAGCCUGCCGAGGAGGAGCCUCCCUCGCCCAUCGCUGAUUGGUUCGGAGAGGACGAGGAGAAUAUGGCAGAGAAGAUUUUCAUCAACGACAUACUCUUGUACUCGGAAGAAGUCUGCAAGGACAUCGAGCUGGAAACUUGGAUUGGUUCGAAGAUUGUGGGCCUGUGGGAGCUCAGCCAAGCCGUCGAGGCGCAAAAGGUUCACCGGGACGAGGUGGACUGGCUGAAGGUCGCAGAAGACUUGGGCUACGAUUUUGACCCGACAGGACAAGUGUCUAGAGAGCUGUGCGAUUGCUACCGAUUUAACCUUGCCGACUUUCUCGAUCUAAUGUCGGACUAUGAGUCCGACGGCGAGGGAGCAAACAGAGGACCGGACUUGGCUACUUCGGCACAACCUGCACUUCAGUCGCCCGGGCUGCCUGUGUCGCCUUUGUUAUCGCCUGAGCCAGCUUCAGUUGAAAGCGAGAGGAAGAAGCGGACUGCCGAUGUAACCGACACCAUCUCUAGUCACGGUGGCAAGCGCAGGCGUCUGGACCCAAACGCGGAAAUAUCCUCAACCCCGGAAGAACAGCUUCUUUCAAAGAAGCAGCGCCGAGAACUGCAGACGUUGUCGCCAACAGUCCGCAAAAUGACGGCCGGCGGCAGAACAACAAGCCCCAAUAAGCUUCAACGUUCUUCACCCCCGUCGGGAGAUGAGGAUUUGACGGAAGGUGAAGAUGCGGCAUUCGAAACUCAAGUUCGCUAUCCGCAGAACUUGCAAACGCAGGAGAGCUUGGUGGAAGUCACCCCAUCACAGCAGUUGCACUCUGAGGCCAUGGACGUCACACCUAUUCCACUAGAUCUUCAAAAGAAGACUGGUAGCAGCGAGCAGAUGUCGGCCACAAAAACAAUCCGGGAGAACGCCUCACCCUUGGGCCCUCAGGCGGAAGAGAAUAAGGCCAAGGGUGCCAAAAGAAGACUUCCCGCCGCAUUUCGUGCGUCGGGAUAUGUUUCCCAGACGAAACAAGCCGUCAGCUCCCAGAAACCGCAGACGACUAGCUCUGCACAGACGCAAGCCCCGAAGGCUACGGGAAAGGACGAUCAGCUAGGAAUUCGCUACUGGGUGGACCACUACCAGGCGCUUGGAUACCCUCACAAGAUUGUGGUCGAGGCGAUGGAUCGCACUACCCUCACUCCCGGCUUUCUUGCCACGACUGUCAUGGACAGCCUCCAGAAGGGCCAGGGUGUGCCGAAGGGUUGGCAGGGGGUAUGGACCGACCGUGACGAUACUGCACUUCGGCGGGUCGAUGAAAUCAAUGCAAAGAGGUCGGCGGCAGAUGUUAAGGCCCGUCGCAAAGCCGAAAAGGACGCGCAGCGCCUGGUGGAAAAGCAUACCGCGGAGGGCGUGGAGCUGCGUCGGCGAUACUUGAAGGACAAGGACGAAAUCCAGAAGGCAUGAUAGGUGGGCCACGAGUUACGAAGCACAGGCGGUCGAAUCAUUCAUGGCAGGCGUUGAUGUUUUUGGUGGCUCUGCGGUCUAGGGGAACUCUCGGUCAUCAGGAGAUGCCGCGAUAGGCUAGGGGACUUGCAUGGAGGGGGGGCACGAUGCCCGUCGUGGCAAACGCCAUAUUACCGUUAACUGAUGAUAGAUUUGCACCUAUGGAAGGUCCAAAAUUGUUCAUGCAUGAUGGAUUCAGGCGUCCUGCUUCUUGGCGCUC